UCUCCUUGUCGCUGUUUAGGAAGAACUUGUAUAAAUUUGUUACUGAAGGCAUAUCGAGGUUCGUUGUUUCUUGUCCUGUUCUCCCCCAAAAGGGGGCUUUUUCCCGUCUGUACCUUACUACGUAAGAUGGACCCGCGCCCUCCAUUCAAAAACAGAAAACCCUUUGCCUGUAGGAAGAGUGAAGUGGCUUCUAUUCGUCUCAAGUUUCCCAACAAACGACCGGUGAUCCUGGAGCGCUAUCCCAAGGAGAAAAUAUUGCCGGUAAUGAACAAGGUCAAAUUCCUUGUUCCGGAAGACCUCACUAUGGGCCAGUUUGUCUCGAUUAUCCGAAACAGAAUGUCCAUUGGCUCCACACAAGCCUUCUACUUCCUGGCUGAUAAUAACCGCAGUAUGGUUAACAUGUCAGCCACCAUGUCUGAAGUGUACUCGAGGUACAAAGACGAAGACGGCUUCCUGUACAUGACCUACGCCUCGCAGGAGACGUUUGGCUGACAGCACUUGAGCUGUUCAGGGGGUCAUGAUUUGGUUGAAAUCGGUUUCUGCCUCUCUGACCACACCA